AUCCCCCCUUCCCCCCAUAUUAACCCCGCCAUCACCCUGAAAAGUACAUGAAACAGGUUUUUAUCAUGAGUCAAUGACUGGCUGACUGUGCGUGUGCGUGUGUGUGUGUGUGUGUACAAUGGCACAGUGAAACAGGUUAACAUCACCUAAUGAUUGUCAAUAAGCAUUUUGUGUCCUAUUAAAUUCACACACACACACACACACACACACACACACACACACAGGAUGUACUAAAAAUUCUGCAGUGAUUGUGGUGGCAUUUUGGUGAUGGUGGUGGUAGUGGUGGUGGUUGCGGUAGCGGUGGGGGUGGCGGUAGGGUAGUGGUGGUGGUGGCUGGGUGGUGGGGCUGGUGGCGGCAGGGUGGAGGUGGGGCUGGUGGUGGAUGACGUCGUGGCAGAUCAGGCCCAGCAUCAGCAAACUUAUACAGGUGGAAAAAUGGUGCUGCCAGGCCGCAGUGAAUUCCCGGCACGUCCUCUCCGUUGUUUUAUUUACCCAUAAUUGAGUUCAUGCGUGUUAGGAGGGCGCCGAAAGGAAGAUGAUCCGAUUGGGGGCUUCGAUGUUCACGGCUUCGGUCAUGGAUGGGUAACACGGCAUUCCAUGUAUGGCAUUGCAGUGGUGAGGAUGUCUCGCGCGGCCGUGGAAGAGGAACGAAGGCCACGCUGGGAGGAUGUUUGUGUGGCUUCUCCCGCCCCUCUGCGCUCGCCCUCCCAGCUCACUCUGGCGUGGCUGCAGCAAAUGCUCACCUACUGGAGGAGGCAGCCAGUCAUCGUGGCGUCCUUCACGGUGGAUGCACAGGGCGGCAGUGAUGGGUUCCUUAGUGAGAUCCUCUUCGUUGAUGUGAGGUGUGCCGCUGAUGGGGAGGGCAGCGGGCAGGCAGGGAGGGACUGUCGCCUCGCCGUGAAGCUUCUACCCGUCGAUCCGGUGAAACGACUGCUCGUCCUGGGCCAGAAGGUUGCCCUGCGGGAAAUCGGUGCGUGCAGGUUCCUCAGCAGCGACGUCAUGACUGACCUCUGCUGCCAGCACGGUUUGCAGGUGCCCGUGCCGCAAGUUAUCUACGCUGAGGCAAGCCUUGACGCCAUGACGCUCGUUUUGGAUGAUCUCCGAGAAGAAUACGAGGUCGUGUGUCCCAAGGAGGGCCUGGGCCUGGCUCGGGUGAGGGCCAUGCUGGAGGCCAUAGCGGUGGUCCACGCCCUCGGGCGAGUGUGCAUCAUGGAGCGCGGCGUCAACAGUAUUCUUCAAUACCUUCCAGGUGUGUCUGGGGGUGACGAAUUUUUGGAUGGUUACGUCAGGUCGGGUCUCGCACACUUGGCCUCCUUCUCCUUCAGCGACUCCAUGAAAAAGCUCCUCAUUGACCUCAUUCCCAUUGCUCGCCGCCUCGGCGUGGUGCCAGCGGCGGCGCGGACAGUGCCAGACACCCUCCUGCACGGGGACUACUGGGCGGGCCAGGUCAUGGUCGGCAGACACGAGCAGGAUAGAGCAAAAAUUCUCGACUGGCAGUUCGCGCGAGUCGGGAAUCCGUUCGUGGACGUCGUGACGCUGCUGGUGAUGAGCGCCGCCCCAGCGGUGCUGAGUCACCACCUGCAAGAGGCCGUGGAGUCCUACUGGAGGAGCUACACGGCCACCCUCGCCGCCUGCUGUGUUCCCUCGGCCGACGAGACACUGGGAGAGGCAGAGACAACCAUGCGAGGUGUGGAGGCGGCGGUGGCGGCGGUGGAGGCCUCGUGGCACCUUGGCCUACGCAUGUUCCUGGCCAGCGUGCAGACCCACCUGGCCCACGGCAGGGUCACGAGGGACAGGGUGGCCCGCGUCCUCGACCUUUUGCACAACAAGGGCGUCUUGGCCGCUGUUGUGGGUGUCUCGCCGGGAAAAUGUUGACCACCGUGAUCGCACGUGUUGCCUGGAUCACUGCCUCGGAUGGCCAAACAAGGGAAGAGUGACUGGUCGGUGAGGUGGUGUGGAGGAGACCUAUUGAGGAUGUAAAACGGUGUGGAGGAGAUAGGUAUGGAGAUAAUGUUAGGUGUUCGUGUUUAUUUUCAUGUUGGUAUCGCUUUUAAAUAAACUCAUUACGUAAGCUA